CCGGUCUGCGGAUACAUGUUUUUCCCCAAAUUUUUUUUUUUUUGUGUUAUUUUCCCUCUCACCUCUCUCUCUCUCUCACGCCUUUCCAACGGACUUUCAUCUAGAUAUCGGUCGGCGACGGGAGAUCUAACUCCACCGACGCUAAUUUUAAGUUUGUCCUCUCCCCUCCCGACGCUUUCUCACCAUUUUGUUCUCUAUCACCGUCACUACCCUCCAUCUCUAUCAGAGACCACCCAGCCAUCGGCAAUUAAUGCUGACGACGACAGCUCUUCCAGGUUUUUUCAAGAUGUUAACAAUUGAUAGUACUGAAGAUGUUGAGAUGUGGAGGAGUGGAGAGUUGUGCUGCUGGAGUUUUUGAAUUUUAUUGUCCUGGAUUCGGGUUGAGGUUUGAAUAUUCUUGAUUUUACUCAUGAUGUGAGAUUGUGUCUUUUCCUUUUUUGUGAUCUUCAGAGAAAGGAAAAUUCAUGUUUGGAGGCAUACAAUUGGGAGUAUUGGCUGCCUGUGUGGUGCUUUUUGUGCCUAUGGUGAUGGCUGGCUGGCAUUUGAGCCGCAACAAGGUGCUUUUCUUUAGCGGAGCCCUCUUCAUCACUCUUGCAAUAGGUGUCCAUGUAACCCCAUAUUUUCCUUCUGUUUCUGAUUUUGUCACCUCUGUUCAAUCUGUUGUUGUAUUUGAUAAUCGCGAGGAUUCUUGCAUUAAUUUGGUUAAUGAAGUUGUUUGGGAUGUCAAGCCUAGCCAUAGCCGUGUUCGGCUCAAUAUUAGUAAUAGUAAUAGUAAUACUGAGAGUGGUUCUAUGAGUUAUGAUAAGAUUUGGGAUUGGUCGAGAACUGGGAAAGUGAAGGCUUGUGAGUUUCAGAGACUUGACAGGUCUGAUGCUUCAGAUUUGCUCAAUGGGUCCUGGGUUGUUAUUGCAGGGGAUUCACAAGCAAGGUUAAUUGUUCAAUCUCUGCUAAAUUUGAUUUUAGAUUCGAGACAAAUGGAAUCUAUUAAAGGUGAUUUGUUUAAAAGGCACAGUGAUUAUGAGAUUGUUAUCGAAGAUAUCGGUAUGAAAUUGGAUUUUAUUUGGGCUCCAUAUGUGGUAAAUUUAACGGAUUUAAUGAUGGGCUUUAAGCAAAAAAGAAGUUACCCUGAUGUUUUGGUGAUGGGGGCAGGGCUGUGGCAUAUGCUUCACAUCACAAAUGCAUCAGAUUAUGGUGUUGCUUUGCAGUCUUUGAGGAGUUCUGUUGUAUCUUUGUUACCAUUUUCACCAGAGUUGGGUGUGGAUGGGCCUGUUACAGGUGCUGUUUCUGUUAGAUCCCCACAUUUGUUUUGGCUUGGCAUGCCAAUGUUGAUUAAUGGGAUGUUGAACACAGAGGAAAAGAGGGAGAAGAUGAGUGAUGAAAUGUGGCAUUCUUAUGAUAGAGCAUUGCGUAAUAGUAGGCUCUUGCGCAGAUAUGGUGGUCCACUUCUAUUGCUGGACAUUCAAUCAAUGAGUUGGAAUUGUGGGCCUCGGUGUACUGCUGAUGGGAUGCAUUAUGAUGGAGCUGUUUAUGAAGCUGCUGUUCAUAUUUUGCUAAAUGCAUUGCUUAUUGAAUCUCAUCAGAAGCUUGGGGCUACGUAGUUUCAGAUUUUUAUUAAAUUGUGCAACUCACACUUGGAUGACAUGAAAGGCGUAUCCAACUAUUUUCGAGCUUUUGAUUCACACGAGAGGCUGAAUUUUCUUCUGAUAUUGCACCUUUGAUAUUUCUUUCAGGUUUUGCCUUUAGAUCAACUCAAGAGUAAAUUUUUAUACUGGUAUAUGCAUAUUGAAUUCAUUGUUUUAAUUUUGCUUUUCAUUUGAAUGAAUAUUGAAUACUCACAACGCUUGUUUUAUGUAGUGAAAAUCAAUAAGAAAAAUUUGUAUCAAUAGUAAAUAGAUGCUUGUGGGCAAU